UCCAUCCCUGCGCAGUGCGCGGCGCUGGAGAGCGGAGAGGGAGCAGUGCCCGGCCCGGCACCAUGAGCGCAGCCAAAGUGGGCAUCGCCGUCCUGCUCCCUCUGGCCCUGCUGCUGGCCACGGGCUCCCCGGCGCCAGGCGGGGACGUGCCGAGGGAGCAGGGGGCCGCAGCCCCGCCGCGCUGCCCCAGCCCCUGCGCCUGCAGCCUGGACGACUACAGCGAGGAGCUGAACGUGUUCUGCAGCGGCCGCAACCUGACGCGGCUGCCCGAGGACGUGCCGCCCGGCGCCAAGGCUCUGUGGCUGGACGGCAACAACCUGCCGCUGCUGCCGGCCGCCGCCUUCAGGAACCUGUCGUCGCUGGACUUCCUGGACGUGCAGAGCAGCCAGCUGGCCGCGGUGGAGCAGCACGCCUUCCACGGCCUGCGCGGCCUCUACCACCUGCACCUGGAGCGCAACCGCCUCAGGCACCUGGCGCCACACACCUUCCUGCACACCCAGAACCUCGUGUCGCUCAGCCUCAACAACAACCACUUCAGCAAGGUGGAGGAAGGGCUGUUCGCCGGGCUCUCCAACCUCUGGUACCUGAACCUGGGCUGGAACUCGCUCGUGGUCCUGCCCGACAAGGUCUUCCACGACUUGCCCAACCUGAGGGAGCUGAUCCUGGCCGGGAACAAGCUCCCUUACCUGCAGCACCAGCUCUUCUGCAGCCUGACCGAGCUGAAGGAGCUGGACCUGAGCGGGAACGCGCUCAAGGGCAUCAAGAUCAACAUCUUCGUGAAGCUGCAGAAGCUGCAGAAGCUGUACCUGAACCACAACCAGAUCACGGCCAUCGCGCCCCGCGCCUUCAUGGGCAUGAAGUCCCUGCGCUGGCUGGACCUGUCCCACAACCGCCUCGUCUCGCUCUUCGAGGACACGUUCCUGGGGCUCCUGAGCCUGCACGUCCUGCGCCUCUCCACCAACUCCAUCGCCAGCCUGAGGCCCAGGACUUUCAAAGACCUGCAGUUCCUGGAGGAGCUGCAGCUGGGGCACAACAGGAUCCGGAGCCUGGCAGAGAGGACCUUCGAGGGGCUGGGCCAGCUGGAGGUGCUCAGCCUCAACAACAACCAGCUGCAGGACAUCAGGGUCGGGGCGUUCCUGGGGCUGCACAACGUGGCGGUGAUGCAUUUGUCCGCCAACUGCAUCAAGGCUCUCCCGGAUUACGUGUUCAAGGGGGUGGGCAAGUUGCACAGCCUGCACCUGGAGCACAGCUGCCUGGGCAGGAUCCGGGCAAACACCUUCUCGGGCCUCUCGGGCCUGCGGCGCCUGUUCCUGCAGCACAACGUCGUCUCCAGCAUCGACGACCACAGCUUCGGCGAGCUGCACGAGCUGCUGGAGCUCGACCUGAAGCACAACAGGCUGAGCCACCUCUCGCCACAGCUCUUCGUGGGGCUGAGCAACCUGGAGUAUCUCUUCCUCUCCUCCAACCAGCUCCUGGAGAUCUCCCAGGACGCCUUCGGCCCGCUCCAGAGGCUCUUCUGGCUCGACCUGUCGCACAACCAGCUGGAGACGCUGGACAACGCCGUCAUCUCCCCCCUGGCCAACCUGCGCUACCUCAGCCUGAGGAACAACUCUCUGGAGACCUUCUCGGUGGGUUUCCUGUGCAGCCCCUUCUCCCUGGAGCAGCUGUGGCUGGGGGGCAACAACUGGCACUGCAACUGCUCCCUGAAGGGGCUGCGGGACUUCUCCCUGCAGCACCCCGUGGUGGUGCCGCGCUUCGUGCAGUCCGUGGCCGAGGGGGACGAUGCCCACGUCCCCGUCUACACCUACAACAACCUCACGUGCCUGCACCCGCCGGCCGUGGCGGGGCUGGACCUGCGCGACACCGCCAACGACACCUUCGCUCACUGCUGAGCUGCUCCCAGCACAGACCCUGGCCAGGACACCUCUGUCACUGCUGAGCUGCUCCCAGCACAGACCCUGGCCAGGACACCUCUGUCACUGCUGAGCUGCUCCCAGCACAGACCCUGGCCAGGACACCUCUGUCACUGCUGAGCUGCUCCCAGCACAGACCCUGGCCAGGACACCUCUGUCACUGCUGAGCUGCUCCCAGCACAGAUGCUGGCCAGGACACCUUCGCUCACUGCUGAGCUGCUCCCAGCACAGACCCUGGCCCAGGACACCUUCAGCCACUGCUGAGCUGCUCCCAGCACAGACCCUGGCCAGGACACCUCUGUCACUGCUGAGCUGCUCCCAGCACAGACCCUGGCCAGGACACCUCUGUCACUGCUGAGCUGCUCCCAGCACAGACCCUGGCCAGGACACCUCUGUCACUGCUGAGCUGCUCCCAGCACAGACCCUGGCCAGGACACCUCUGUCACUGCUGAGCUGCUCCCAGCACAGACCCUGGCCAGGACACCUUCGCUCACUGCUGAGCUGCUCCCAGCACAGACAGACCCUGGCCAGGACACCUCUGUCACUGCUGAGCUGCUCCCAGCACAGACAGACCCUGGCCAGGACACCUCUGUCACUGCUGAGCUGCUCCCAGCACAGACAGACCCUGGCCAGGACACCUCUGUCACUGCUGAGCUGCUCCCAGCACAGACCCUGGCCAGGACACCUCUGUCACUGCUGAGCUGCUCCCAGCACAGACAGACCCUGGCCAGGACACCUCUGUCACUGCUGAGCUGCUCCCAGCACAGACCCUGUCCAGGACACCUCUGUCACUGCUGAGCUGCUCCCAGCACAGACCCUGGCCCAGGACACCUCUGUCACUGCUGAGCUGCUCCCAGCACAGACCCUGGCCCAGUCCCAACAGGGCAGCAGCGGGACCCUCUGCCUCUGAGCCCACCCCACGGCAGCCUGGCUCGGUGCUGGGCUGGGCAGCUGCUCCUCGGGCUUCAAACUGAGACCUCCCAGUCCUUUAAUAUUUAAGCAUCAGCUCCUGGGUCAGUGUGGUCACUCCUGGGUCAGGGUGGUCUCUCCUGAAUCCCCCCAUCAGGAGCACGGGCAGCUCUGAGCCUCAGGGGUUGAGGGGGAAGAGCUGCAGCCCCAGCCUGGAGCCCUCCCCAGGGCGAGGGGCAUCCCAGGACUCAGCAGUGGGACACAGCACAGCGUCUUCCUGCCACAGAGCAGCCAAGAAACCCCCAGAGUCCCCCCCAGGCUGUGUGAGGCUUGGGGAAGGGGUAGAGGACUCGCUCUAACCCUCCCUGGCGCUGGCCGGGUGCAGAUGAGCCACACACGUCACUUCCCUGAUAAACCCCAGCAGACAAAUAAACCU